AAAACAAAAGUCUAAGAUGCUCACUUACCAGGUAGAAAAUCCAGCUACUCGCUCGCAGUUUCAAAUAGCAUUUUGCACUGCCACUGCCCUUCUUCAGUAGAUCAGUAGAGAAGAAUCCAAUGGCAGAGAUAAGUAAUGAUAAAAUAGUGCCAUUGCCUUGUGUAGUGGAGGAACUGAUAGCCAAAAUCUGCAGGGAGCAGAAUCGAAGGCCGCUAGAAACCAAUACCAGGUUGACACUGGCUUUGUUAGGGGAAGAAGUUGCUUUAAAUAUUCUCCGGAGAAUUUCUGGUCAAGAGAUUAGAAAAAGUUUUGACGGUUUCGUUCUGUACUUGGCCAAACAGUUCUCUCCUAAUAUCAGUGCUUCUUCUUCUUCCCCCAACAUAAACUCCUCCCUCUCCCCAUCUCCUCAACAACCCAAGAAUCGGAGCCCCAUUACACCCACCCGUUUACUGAUGAAUUCUCAAAGUGAUUCUGGUGCUCAAUCUCCAAUUCCAUUGAAGCUGGAAGGUUCACCAACCAUGGAUUCACAGAGACAGAGAGGAAAUGAGUCUACAACCAGUCAACAUUUGAUGGCUUUGGGAGAGCUUGAGUUUAGAAAAGCUUUUCUUAUCUUAAAUUACCUUGGAGGAAAAAAUUUGGAAGAGGUGGUAUCUGCCGAUCAAAUUAGGGGGUAUAAGGAUUUGCCAAUGAUAAUAUUUGAGUCAAAAAUUUGGGAAGCUUUUGGAUGCAGGAGAGAUUAUAUAAAGGAAGAAGAUCGUGUCAAGUAUCCUGAUUGGGAUUCUGGGAAAACACACAUCUAUCAUUGUCAUGUUGAUCCGGAUGGAAGUUAUAGGUUCAAGGGACCUUACCUCUCCAAACUGAGAAAUGUCCUGCAAAGGACCUUGGGAGAUGACAAUAUCUUGAUGGUAAAGUUUGGGGAGGAAAAAGAUGAUAGAGAUUCAGGGAGCAGUUCUCUGGAUGAUUAUUUUUCCAAGUACAACAAGGUUCUUGGAGAAGGGAUUCAUGUUGGUUUGCGUUGUUACCGCUUUUUUGUGUUUAAAGAUGGAGGCAAAGAAGAAAAAAAGAAAGACCCAACCACUUCUCCUGUCAAGUGUUUUUUUGUCCGCAUGGAAUCUGUUGCAUCGAUUGAUAAUCAAGACUAUAUUUUGAGCGGGAAAACAAUCCGUCAAGCUAGAUCUAUUUUUAUGCAUGUGGACAAUUUGUCUAGUUUGUCCAACUAUAUGGCUAGGUUUUCGCUGAUUUUGUCAAAGACCAUGAAUCUGGAAGUUGAUUUAUCCUUUGUAGAUAUCAAGACAAUAGCUGAUGAACCAUGCCGGGAUAAAGAUGGUAAUGUUGUUUACGGUACAGAUGGGAAACCUCUUAUAUAUACAGAUGGAACUGGGUUUAUAUCUCAUGAUUUGGCUUUGAAAUGCCCAAAGAAUCAAUUCAAAGGAACUUGCCUCCGAGCUUCCAAUAUUGAGAGAGUAAAUGUACAUAAUGAAGUCAUGGAGCAAUAUCCAGAAUGUUGCAAUGGGGAUCCACCUUUGCUGAUCCAGUUUCGUCUCUUUAAUAAUGGUAGAGCUGUCAAGGGAACUUUCCUUGUGAAUAAGAAGCUUACUCAUCAAACUCUGCACAUAAGGCCUUCUAUGAUUAAGGUUGAGACGGAUCCAAAACUAUCAAGUACUUUUUCAAAAAAUUCAUUGGAGAUAGUUGGAACCAGCUCUCGACCAAAGAAAACGGUCCUUUCAAAGAAUUUAAUCGCACUUCUUAGCUAUGGUGGUGUUCCAGAAGAGUUUUUUAUGGGAAUAUUGAAUAAUGCUCUGGAAGAUGCCCACGGCAUUCUCUCAAACAAAAAUGCAGCUCUACGAGUUGCACUUAAUUAUGGGGAUAUGGAUGAUAACAUUGUGGCAACAAUGAUUGGCUGUGGGAUUCCGCUAGAAGAACCGUAUUUGCAACAUCGGUUGUCAAUACUGAUGAAGGAAGAAAAGAAGAGUCUGAAAGGAGGAAAAAUACCUGUGCCUGAAUCAUAUUAUUUGAUGGGGACAGCUGAUCCAACUGGACUCUUGGAGAGUGAUGAAGUUUGCAUAAUACUAGAUUGUGGACAGAUUUCAGGGGAGGUAUUAGUCUAUCGGAAUCCAGGUUUACAUGUUGGAGAUAUACAUAUUUUAAAGGCUAAAUAUGUAAGGGAGUUGGAAGAUUUUGUUGGAAAUGCAAAGUAUGCUAUAUUUUUCCCAUGCAAAGGACCACGGUCUUUGGCAGAUGAGAUGUCAGGUGGUGAUUUUGAUGGUGACAUGUUUUUUGUGUCAAGAAAUCCUCAGCUUCUGGGAUACUUUAAACAAACGGAACCUUGGACACCUUCUACUUCAACCCCUAAUGUGCCUAACAGAAAACCAAGUGAAUUCUCUGAUGAGGAGUUGGAGGUUGAGCUUUUCAAACUAUUUUUGAGGAACAGGUUUCAGCCAAGUUCCACUGUGGGGGUGGCAGCGGAUAGCUGGCUGGCAAUGAUGGAUCGGGUUCUAACAUUGGGAAAUGAUUGCACAGAAGAGAUAGCUUGUGUGAAAGAAAAUAUCAAUCUGUUGAUUGAUAUAUACUAUGAUGCUCUAGAUGCUCCAAAGAGAGGUGGAAGAAGGAUUGAAGUUCCAGAAGGCUUGAAGGCAGAGCUGUUCCCACAUUUUAUGGGAAAAAAUGAAAAGCAAACCUAUCGAUCUACUUCCAUAUUGGGAAAAAUUUAUGAUAAAGUGAAAGCAUAUGAAGACAUGGAUCUGUCAUCAAAUGAUGUUUGGAAACUCCCUUGCUUUGACGAUGAAGUUCAAGAGUUGUACCUUGUGAAGUGGAAGGAACUCUACGGUCAAUACAGGAAGGAGAUGUGCAUUGCUCUAAAGGCUGGUGAAGAGAGCAACGACAAGGCUAAUGAAGUAAUAAAGAAAUACAAGGAGUUAUUAUAUGAAGCCGCGGAAUUUAAUUUGAGCAAACGAAGAGAUGAGGAAAUCUUUGAGGAGGCCGUGGCUCUGUAUCAGGUUUCUUACAAUCAUGCCAAGAGCCAAGGAGUUGUAGGAAAUUGCAGUUUUGCCUGGAGAGUCGCAGGUUUAGCUCUUUGCACGCUCUACGUUUUGAAGAAUCAGGGUGAAAGACCUAUGAUAUGUUCGCCAUCUGCUCUGAAAGCGAUUUUGUAGUUUAGACUAGAAAUAAUGUUGUGGUAAUAUAGCAUAAAGAUUUAUGGCAAUAGAAU